AAUAUUGAAUAGAGGGACCUGGGUUUUUUAAAGUGGGACUAAAAGAUUAGAAAUCAAGUAUUCUUUGUGCCCAAUUGCAAUUCCAACACACGCCUAAGACAAGACAAUAAUGUCGUUUUUAAGGUACGCUGUUUCUGUCUCCAUUCCUAACUCGAGACCAUACUCUCACUGUCUCCAACAUUUUCAUGAUGACGUUGAUGUUGUUUCCAUGUUCAACCGAAUGCUCCAUAACAAUCCCACCCCACCCGCCAUUGAAUUUGGCAAGAUUUUAGGUUCUCUUGUCAAAGCCAAACAUUACCCUACUGUUGUUUCCCUUUCUCACCAAAUGGAAUUAAGUAGAGUUACUCCUGAUUUUGUAACUCUCAAUAUCCUCAUGAAUUCUCUCUCUCAAUUGGGUCAUCUCACUUUUGCUUUUUCUGUUUUCGCAAAGAUUCUCAAGAGGGGUUAUCGCCCAAAUGUCAUAACCUUCAAUACACUCAUCAAGGGUUUUUGUCUCAAAGGUCACCUCCAUAAAGCAUUGCAAUUUCACGACAAGGUGGUAGCUCAGGGGUUUCAGUUGGACCAAGUUAGUUACGGGACAUUGAUCAAUGGAUUAUGCAAAGCGGGACAGACAACAGCAGCACUACAGUUGCUGAGACGAGUUGAUGGAAAGUUGGUCCAGCCUAGUGUGGUAAUGUACAAUACAAUCAUUGAUGGUAUGUGCAAAGAUAAACUUGUUAAUGAUGCGUUUGAUUUAUAUUCUGAAAUGGUUGCUAAGAGAAUCUUUCCCGAUGUUUUCACUUAUAAUACGUUAAUCUAUGGCUUUUGCAUUGUUGGUAAAUUGAAAGAAGCGAUUGAUUUGUUUAAUAAAAUGAUAUUGGAAAACAUCAGCCCGGUUGUGUAUACUUUUAAUAUAUUGGUGGAUGCUUUUUGUAAGGAAGGAAACCUGAAAGAAGCACGAAAUGUGUUAGCUAUGAUGAUUGAAAAAGACAUUAGACCUGAUGUUGUUACCUAUAAUUCUUUAAUGGAUGGAUAUUGUCUUGUAAAUGAAGUGAAUAAGGCAAAGGAUAUAUUCAAGACUAUGGUUCAAAGGGGAGUAACUCCUAAUGUUUGGAGCUACAAUAUCAUUAUUGAUGGAUUAUGUAAGAUUAAAAUGGCAGACGAAGCUAUAAGUCUCUUUAAAGAAAUGCAUUGUAGAAAAAUUAUUCAUGAUAGGAUAACUUAUAGUUCCCUUAUUGAUGGCUUGUGCAAAUUGGGGAGAAUCUCGUAUGCUUUGGAGCUUGUUGAUGAGAUGUGUGAUAGAGGUCAACUACCUGAUAUAAUUACGUACAGUUCUAUAUUGGAUGCUUUAUGCAAUCACCAUCAAGUUGAUAAGGCAAUUGCAUUGUUAACAAAGUUUAAAGACGAGGGUAUUCAACCAAAUAUGUAUACAUACACUAUUCUUAUCAAGGGAUUGUGCCAAAGUGGAAGACUAGUGGAUGCACGAAACAUUUUUGAAGAUCUUUUGCUCAAAGGCUAUAAUAUAAAUGUCUAUACAUAUACCGUUAUGAUCCAAGGGUUUUGCGACAAGGGCUUGUUUGAUGAAGCGAUGGCCUUGCUGUCAAAAAUGAAAGACAAUGGUUGCCUUCCAAAUGCUAUAACUUAUGAAAUAGUUAUUUCUUCUCUAUUUGAAAAUGAUGAAAAUGAUAAGGCAGAGAAACUUCUUUGUGAAAUGAUUGCGAGAGGUCUAGUGUAAGACCGAAUAUAGAUAUGUUUCCCGAAACUGAUGAUUGUGUUGAAUGUUGCAAAAUUCAACUAAAGAGUAAAAAACUCAGCACUAUAGGCAGUAACUUCUGAGUUGCUUAGCAAUUCCUUUGUCGUGUCAUCUAGCGCUCGAAUGUCACAACCAAUCAAUAAAGGAGAGCCUAUAUAUGCAAAAGUAGAGGAGUUAUUAUAUAAAGCACAUUUUAUUUAUAGGACAUUAUUGUGAAUUCAAUCUAGUUAUCUUAAACUGCAUGUAUUAAAUUUCAUUGUUUCAACUUACCUUAGCUAAUGCCCAUAUGCUGAAAUGGGCACGAUAUUCUUCGGUUGUCAUACCUCUGUUUCCAACUUCAAGAAUGUCAGGAUCUGUCCCCCACAAAACAGAAUCUGAACUUUAAUUUCUUCAUUAUGAGAUAAGUAAAUAGGAAUUAUACG